AUGGCAUUCCAAAUGUCUCACUCUCUUGCCCGUCUUUUCCUCAAUUUUCAGGCACAUGGAUCGGUAACAGACCAUGUGGUGGACUUCUUCUUUCUGCUCGGAGGAACUGCCACAUUGCCUUGCAAUGCCAAUAAAUCUCCUCCACCCGCUUCUUCACGUUCUUCUCUUUUUUGCCCUCCUCCCCCUCUUGGCACCUUUCCCGCUCCGUGGAUGAAGUCUUGGAAGGUCACAUCUGACCGUGGUACGAUGCCUGAGUUGGUCAGGUUUCCUCUUAGUCAGAAUGGCCCCUCCCUUGGCAUGUAA